UUUGAGAUAGGAUCUCUGGUGCUUUGAGAUAUAAUCCUGGAGCUCACCAAUUGUCCUAGACUGGUUGAGCCAUGAUCCCCAGGAUGUCCUGCCCCCACUUCCCAGCACUGUGAUCGCAAACACAUGCCACCAUGCCCAGCUCUUUCACAUGGGUCUGAAAAAUCAAACUCAGGUUCUCUUGUUUACAAAGCUUACCGACUGUGCUACUGUAUCUCCCUCACCCCCUAAGUGCCUCCCCUGCUCCAGGCUCCAUCCUAACUGUUGGGAUACAAUGCAAGAGUAAAGAUGCUUUAUUCUGUGGUUCAGAGCAUCUUACUAUGUAGCCCGAGGCCAGCCAGGAACAUGCUAUGGAGCUGACAUUGGCCCUGAACAAGAUUCUUCUGUUCCCAUUCAUGCCCUAAUGCUAGGAUUACAUGCCUGUCCUAUCAGACCUGACUGAUGUUCUGAAAGGAGAUCUCACUAGUGUGGCAGUAUUUAUGAGCAAGGCUGAAGAGCCUCCAGAUUUGAUGGGGGCUCAUUGUGGUGGGAGCAGCAAGUCUUGGACAAGUGGAGCCACUGUCUCUCAUGCCUUAGAAUGGGGGAGCCAUUCAGAGUUUCUGAUUAAUAAAGAAGGCACGUACUGCUUAAGAAUGUCUGCACUGAGAAGUCACAUUUUAGCUGAGGCUUUUCUCCCUGAAGGCUCUGCCUCAGUGUCGCUCCAUAUGAGGUCACUAUGUAUUGCCUGGACUCUACAGUGUCGGCUGAUACCACACACCUUAUCGUGGGAACCUUCUUAUAUUUUAUUCAGCAUCACAAGGGAAUUUAGGGAGACAGAUGUGAACCUGGGCUUGUUCUGUUUUUAUUUUAUUGUAGGAAGUGGCUUCUAGGAGGAAACAGCUCUUUGUGUACACAUAGAUCCCAGAUGGUUCAGUAUGCCUGUCUGCUCAAUAUUCACAUUCUUUGUGGCUCCGUAGUCUUGAUGUAGAAAGAGAAAAGAAAGCCAAGGAUAACCUAGCGCUUCACCUUCCAUCCAGCAGAAUCUCACAGAGAGUAUCUGGACUUGGCUAAUGAUCAGACACACCUAGGCCUUACAUGAUGAGUUUUACAUGUCUUCUGAACUAAAUUAGUUAACUGGCAUAGGCUACACCUUCUAAAAGUGUUGAUUGGGUGUGCAUCUUACCCAUCAACCAAAGGCCCUCCUCCAAAGAGUUGACAGCCUCCCCAACCUACAGCCUCUGUGCUCCACUCACUCCACCCUGCUCUCUCUUUCAGAAUACUCAGCUGAACAGGCACAGCGAGUGCUUCACCGCUCGGUCUUCAUGACAUCCAUGUCGGCUCACCCUUUCCGAGACCUCCCCCUGGGCUGGGAGCAGCACUGCAAGCUGCUUCCAGGUGUGGCUGAUAUCCAAGCCAGCCAAGUGGCCAGGUGGACAGUGGAUGAGGUGGCUGAGUUUGUACAGUCUCUUCUGGGCUGUGAAGAACAUGCCAAGUGCUUCAAGAAAGAGCAGAUAGAUGGCAAAGCCUUCCUGCUUCUGACCCAGGCAGACAUCGUUAAAGUGAUGAAGAUCAAGCUGGGCCCAGCACUGAAGAUUUAUAAUUCUAUCCUGAUGUUCAGGAACUCCCAGGAUGUCACUGAAGAUGAUGUUGCCUCGGGCCCAGAAGCCAGGAGAUAAACAUGCUCCUGAACAUCCCCCGAUACUGGGACUUGUGCCUUCAGAAACAAGGUUGGCCGCCAAUGUCCCCAUGGUCAUACCCUUUAAAGUGUCUGGUUUAGGUGUAUGGCAGACUUUGGCAAAUGGUGAAAUGCCAAUGACUCAGACACUUAGGUCCAAGUGUUGGUUUGGGUGCCAUCCUUACUGCAACAAACAGACUGAAGAAACUGUCCACAUGUCUGUCCUCUACCCUCUCUCUCUCUCUCUCUCUCUCUCUCUCUCUAUAUAUAUAUAUAUAUAUAUAUAUAUAUAUAUAUAUAUAUAUGAGAACCACUCUCCAUUCUGCAAGCAUUAAGUGUCUCAAGUGGUAAAAUGCCAGAUAAUCAAUUCAUUAAUCUAUCAUUAAUGUGUCCAACACAAACACAUCCAAGCACAGCUCACAUCUAUCAUCUGGGUGUGGCGAGUCUAAGAGAUGGGAGCCUGGUGCUUCCAAGAAGACUCCUGAGGUUUCUGUGCCCUUAACUCAGGAAAGUAUGAAUCUUUUAUAAAGUGCUAAUAUGCACAUUGUUUUCAUGAUGCUCACUUUUAUUCCUUUCACUAUUCCUCGGUUAUGGUUCCAAGGUGCCCCAGAGCCUACUCCGAGGAGUGUGCCUAGAAGUAGCAGCAGAGUAGUUGGGCAUUUCAGGGACCAGAUGAGGUCCUCCAGAGAACCAGCCAUCAGGGCUGUCUCCCGAGUUUUCUCUAACAACAGCCUUGGCCAAUAACCCACUUGAAUGAACUCCUUUCUGUCUGCAUUCUGAUGAAACAAACUUCAGAAUGAACUCCUCCCUCAUCUGUCGAUGCUGGAGCAAGUGUGUCAGGUUCUGGUUUCACCUCCAGAGGCAGGGCGGCAGGGCAGAGGACCUCCAGCUCAGGAUCUGUUGUUUGGCUGAAUCCUUCUGACCCGUUCUCAGACUUCCGUCAUGUUUUAGAAGUGAGCGUGUCUGAGACUGGAGUUGUGAGCAGACCACCUCAUAAUUAUGAAAAAGGAGAACCCCAAGUCUACAACUGUUUCUGCUCUUUCACAUAGUAGCAUUCACAACUGCCUUCCGGGAAGCAAAGACUCCUCCUUUAGGGAUGGGAACUAAAGGGGAAGCCGUGAGAAAGAAGCAGAUCUGACGACAUCUUCCUGCUACAUUAAUAACAUUCUCAAUUUAACAAAGUUGAUUCUGCCCAGCGAAUUUCUCUAACUUUAGGUCACUGAAGCAGAAAAAAAACUUGAAAGCAUAUAUAUUGCAUUCUUUAAAUGCUUACCUAAAUGUAAAUUUAAUAUAUUAUCAGGUGAUGUAAAUUUGUUUCUGUAAUGUUUUGUUUUUCUCUCUUUUUUUUUUUUUUGGAGGCUUCCACAUGCAAUAAAAAUUCCUGCAUCUACUGUUAAAGUUUUAAUAUAUUUUAAAUGUUAAUAAACACGUAAAAAGCA